CCAAGCGACAACAAGAUGUUCACAGAUGAGCAAUGACUGUCUGUGGAUAAACAUUGGAUAUAAAAAUACACAACCUCAUAAGUAUUUCAUCAUUUAGAUUUUUACGUGCCACAUGGUUUCUUUCUUGUAUUUUAAAUAGAAAUUUACACAUUUAAAGUUGUUGAGCUUUUUUGCCUAAUGAUGCAAAGGAACGUAUUUACUGCGGGAUCAUUCCACCAUGAACUCUGUCCAAAAUGGAUGUUUGAGAAAACACUCGUACAAACUAGCGAACUGUGAUCAAUUUUUUCACCUACCAUGAUCGAAUCGACUUACAGAGGUGAGGCUGCUACUAAUAAAUAGGGCGUGUCCUCAACAGAAGUAAGAAAGCAGAAAGAAGAAAAAAACCAACAGUCCACAUACAACAUUGUUUAAAGAACGAAGAACCUUCCCUGUGGAAAUAAUUAAAAAUAAGAUAUAUACGUCUACAGUUUCGGAAAAUACACAAAAAAAACUUUACAUUGGGAACAUUUUUACGCCUGGAUUUGAAGAUGGAGGUAGGGCUGCGAGUUGUUCGCGGCCCUGACUGGAAGUGGAGUAACCAGGACGAUGGCGAGGGGCACGUGGGAACUGUGGUGGAAAUCGGGCGCCCAGGAAGCCAGACCUCGCCAGAUAAGACUGUUGUUGUGCAAUGGGAUUCUGGGAGUAGGACCAAUUAUCGCGUCGGCUACCAGGGAGCGUUUGAUUUACGCAUACUUGACAAUGCACCCAUAGGAGUAAAACACCCAAAUAUCAUCUGUGAUGCCUGUAAGAAGCAGGGAAUCCAAGGAAUGCGCUGGAAGUGUGCCAAGUGUUACGACUUUGAUCUGUGUUCCCACUGCUACAUGAGUGACAAACACGACACCAGCCAUCCCUUCAUGAGGUUUGAUACCGCUAACUCACAGGGAGUCAAGGUACCAAAGAGGAGCACAUCUGUGAAACUGACUGCCAAGGGUAUAUUUUCUGGAGCCAAAGUGGUCCGCGGGCCAGACUGGGACUGGGCAAGCCAAGAUGGAGGAGAAGGUAAAGUGGGCAAGGUGCUGGACAUACGAGGGUGGGACACAGAGUCUGGACGCAGUGUCGCCAACGUGUCCUGGACAACAGGCUCCACCAAUGUGUACAGGCUGGGCCACAAGGGGAAAGUGGACCUAAAAUACAUCCAGGAUGCCCCUGGAUGGCCGUACUACAGAGACCAUCUGCCUGUGCUAGGUGAGCACACCGAGGCGUCCACCGCAGCUGUGGUGCCCUGCCAGUUCAGGGUGGGAGACAAAGUCAAAGUUGACCUUGACCUAGAUAUUCUCAAGGCCAUGCAGGAAGGUCAUGGGGGAUGGAAUCCAAAGAUGGCAGAGUUCAUUGGAAAAGUUGGUACAGUUCAUCGAAUCACAGAGCGCGGAGACGUGCGCGUGCAGUAUGAGGGAUGCCAGAACAGGUGGACGUUCCAUGCAGGUGCUUUGACCAAGGUCCAGCAGUUUUCAGUGGCAGACAUUGUGAAGAUAUCAGAAAACCUCCAUGAAGUUAGAAAACUGCAAGUUGGCCACGGGGAGUGGACGGACAGCAUGAAAGCUGCCCUAGGUAAGAUAGGAAAGGUUCUGAAGGUGUAUGCAGAUGGUGACUUGAGGGUGGCGGUCAACAAGCAGACGUGGACGUUCAACCCUGCCUGCUGCACAGUGCUGCCACAUGGUGCCGAGGAUCUGAACAACAGCAUGGCAUCACAUGAGAGAGAGGAUAGGACAACCACCCUGACAGCUCUGUUAGAGCAGCUGUUUGAGCUUCAGCUUCCAGACGCCAGUGGCCCAGACCGCCUGGUACGAGAGGCCGCGCAGGGACACAUCGAUAAUGUCAAGAACAUUGUUACAAAAUUCCCAGACAAGGUUGACCAGAAGAGUGCAGGGAAGACGGCGCUGCAAGUUGCCAGCCACCAAGGUCACAUAGAAAUUGUCAAAUUAUUACUGAGCUCUGGGGCCAACCUGGAGCUGCAGGACGAGGACGGGGACACAGCCCUGCAUUAUGCGUCAUUUGGUAACCAGCCAGAGAUCACAGAGUACCUCCUCAGCAAGGGCGCCAACAUCAACGCUUUAAACAAUGGCGGCUGCAGCACGCUGCAUGUGGCUGUGAACAAACAGCACGUGGACUGUGUGCGCGUCUUACUGCGACACACGUGCGAUGUCAACAUUCAGGAUUCGUAUGGUGACACAGCACUGCAUGAUGGUAUAGGAAAGGACAACCAGGAGAUCAUUGACCUGUUAUGCAACUAUCCAGGCAUUGACUUUACCCUGCGCAAUAAACGCGGCUUCAACGUACUACACCAUGCAGCAUUGAAAGGCAAUAAGCUGGCCACUGAGCGUAUCCUGCUCAAGGCGCGUCAGGUGGCUGACGUCAAGAAGGACGAUGGUUUCUCAGCCCUCCACCUUGCAGCAUUGAACGGCCACAAGGAAGUGGCAGAAAUUCUUCUCACGCAGGGCCAGGCAGACAUAGAGAUCAGGAACAACAGAAAACAGACUCCUCUCCUCCUGGCGGUUUCCCAGGGACACACGGCUUUACUGGAGUUACUGGUGUCUAAAGGUGCUGAUGUUAAUGUCCAGGAUGAGGAUGGAGACACCUGCCUCCACCUAGCUCUCAUGAGACAGAAUGUGGCCACAGAACUGGACAACUCGCCCAUAUUAGCUGCUAUUCGCUCACAGUUAGGCAUGACCGAGGACGACACAAACACAGGCACAGCCAUUGCCUGUUACUUAGCUCAGCAGGGGGCCUCUCUGACCAAUAAGAAUGCACAGGGAAAGACCCCCCUUGAUGUUAUCACAGACCCCAAGGUGCAGGAGCAACUGAAACAGUUUGCUGGAGUACAAACCAGCACUCCUGCCAAUCCUGCAGAAAACAGCAUGCCGUCGUGCAAAGUUUGUGAAGACGAUCCUGCGGAUGUGAAGUUCAUGCCCUGCGGACAUCAGAUAUCCUGCUCGGACUGCUGCGCCAAGAUGAAGAAAUGUCUGGAGUGUGGAGUACCAAUCCAAAGCAAAGUCGCUGCUGGUGGGCAGGAAUUGAAUGCACUCAGCGGGACACCAAUCAAGCCAUCGUCAGUGAAACGCCAGGACAGCUCCAACGAUUUCAGCGAGUCAAAAUUCCAGGAACUACAGGCCAAAAUGCAAGAGAUGGAGGACACUGUUAUGUGCUCCAUUUGUCUGGAUCGUAAAAAGGACCUCGUGUUCCUUUGUGGACACAGCGCGUGUCACAUCUGCGCACAGCCCUUACGGAACUGUCACAUGUGUCGGAAGCCAAUCACGAAAAGGAUAAAUCUUUUUACUUGAUACCGUACACCAUUGCAGAAGAAAUUGGAUUUUGUUUUUCUUCUGAGGACAAAAGGAUUUAUAAAUGACUCAUCAUGUUUUGGAGACUUGUUAUGAAAAGGAAUUUUCUCUUUAUUUGAGAUAUAUUGCGUACACAUGUUCCAAGGAUAUGAACAGUGAAUGAUAAAAGACGUUGAUUUUUUUUAGUGGCAGGAACACACAUCUAGGGCAUUCAACUUUCCAUGUGAUAUUUUUUGCAAUAUAUAGGCAGGCAAAAAACAAUGACUUAUAUAAUAUAAAUAUCUUGGUUUUGCUUAGUGAAAUCCAAUGCUUUACUUAAGUAGCGUUUACAUUUAUAUACACAAAGAAAACAAUAAUAAAUUU